AUGUCUCUGAUUGAAGGGAAUCAUGAACAGGACAUAAGUGCCAGUGUUGAGGACGAGUCUAGUUUGCCCUCAUCUGAUAGCGAUAUGUGUGAGUUAAGGCGUGUGCGUGCAGCAGAGGAUAAUGCCGAUGGUGAUAAUAAUAAUAACAGUGCUGGUGAUGAUACCGAUGCUACGGCUACCACUGACGUGACAAAGUUGUUGCAAGAGACGGUGAAGAACCAGAAUCUGUUGCUCGAAGAGUUUGAGUUCAUGCAACAGGAGCAGCGGUACAUCAAAGAGAAAUUAGAGAGCCUACAGAAGGAGCAAGAGAAGUUUCAUAUUGGAGGAUAUAAGCGUAUGGAACAAGGGUUCAAGAAGGUGGACAAAUGUUUAGGGCAGAUGGAAGGGAUCAAUGAGGUUUUCAAAGAAGUGAUUGGAAUCAUCAGUGGCCAAAGAAUAAGGUUCUUGGAUCAUUCCCAGGAGAAUCUACACGAGCAAGACGCACAGCUGGCUGCCACGUCUGAACUCUUAGAAGAUAACGGACGCAGGAACGCGCCGGUAUGGAACGAUUCUAUGAGUUAUAACAGAGACAAACGGAUUCUCGAGGGGAACAUCAAGCGUGAGGUACAAGAUCCAUGGUCUGUGCUUCCUGAACAAGAUUUAGAAUCAGCAGUUGCCAGCCUGCAUGGCAGCAAUGAGAAUGAUAUGAGUCAAAGUGCUGGUACUGGUACUGGAACUGUAGGAGUUGCCAGCAGUGCCAGUGGCUCAAUCGGGUCUGUUCCACCGCAGUUGGCAGACAGUAACAAUGCUCAUGGUAGUAAUGGAUUCAUUCAACGGUAUCGUAUGAACAGAGCCAUCAAGACUGUAACUGACCUUGCAAGGGAGUACUACGAGGGAUUACCGGGUCAGCCAUCCGUGAUGGCUCUUGAAAGAAGGUUCGGAUCUACUUGGAGAAGCAGUGCAGGUGAAAGAACGUUCUUCCAUAAGAGGUACGUAAUAAUACAAAGGAUAGAAACGAUUCUUCGUGAACCUUCGAGGUUUAACCUCCCGCUUGACAUCACCAGAAGGAAAGCUGUACGCGUUAUUGAAAACUUACGCGUGGGUAACAACAGAUAUAACAACGGAUCGCCCUGCUGUAUGACCUUAGCACAACUUUACCUCUAUUUCUCUAAGUAUAUGGAUUCAUAUGACGAUUAUUCGUUAUCAUUGAAGAACAAAGACGCUCCAAGUAUUCGAGAAAUCAAAAGCAGGCAGAAGAAGAAGACUCCAUCCCAGUUGGCAGAAGAACAUUCCAUCAUGACAUGA